UCUUUGUCAUUACUCUCGAGAUUCAAACCACGAAAAUCAAAUCAAUCCCUUAUAAGUUGCACGUGUGUAUCUUUAUGACUUAACUGCCCUUUAUUUUAAAAAUAUCCAACUCUAGUCUCUGAACAUCCUCCUCCUCCACAACUCACUCACCCAGUACCCUAUAUACUCACUCACUCACUCACCGUCUCACCCAACCAAAAACUGCAAACUUGUGCAAAAAGAAGAAGUAAAAUGUCUGCAAUUUCAGUCCCUCUUUAUCAAUCAAAACUCACAUUUCCAUCAACAACCGCCGCCGCCUCUCCUUCCUCUGCGUUUUUUGUUUCCACUAACAAACUCUCCUUUUCCACGGCACUCCUCCAUGUUACCUCCCAUAUUACUUCCCGUACACUCGCUUCCACCAAUCAGUCGCUCUCCACCACCACCACCGCAACUAUCGAAAUCAACAACAACGACCCCUCCGAUCCUCACACUACCGCAAUUGUAAUCCGCGCUCGCAAUCGAAUCGGUCUCCUCCAGGUAAUCACGCGCGUCUUCAAAAUCCUCGGCCUCCGUAUCGAAAAAGCCACCGUCGAAUUCGAUGAAGGCGGCGGCGGAGGUGGAGGAGAGUGCUUUAUCAAGACGUUUUAUGUCUCUGAUUCACAUGGUAACCGAAUUGAGGAUGAUCAAAGUUUGGAGAAGAUUAAGAAAGCGUUGUUUGAUGCGAUUGAUGGUGGAGCUGGAGAGGUCAAGGUGGGGUCUAGUAGUAGUACAGGGAAAGGAGUAGUGGUUAGGAGAAGUGGUGGAUUAAGAGGAGGAGAGACGAGAGUGGGAGUGGAGAAUAUGUUUGGGUUAAUGGAUCGGUUUUUAAAAUCCGACCCGAGUAGUUUACAAAAAGACAUCUUGGAUCAUGUUGAAUAUACUGUUGCUAGGUCAAGGUUUAGUUUUGAUGAUUUUGAAGCUUAUCAGGCUUUAGCGCAUAGUGUAAGGGAUCGGUUGAUUGAAAGAUGGCAUGAUACACAACUACAUUUCAAGAAGAAAGAUCCUAAGCGCAUAUACUUCUUGUCGAUGGAGUUUCUUAUGGGACGUUCCUUGUCAAAUAGUGCCAUCAACCUUGGCAUCCGGGACCAGUAUGCGGAUGCUUUGAAAGAGCUCGGUUUUGAGUUUGAAGUUUUGGCAGAGCAGGAAGGAGAUGCUGCUCUGGGUAAUGGUGGUCUUGCUCGUCUUUCAGCAUGUCAAAUGGAUUCUCUAGCAACAAUGGACUAUCCUGCAUGGGGUUAUGGACUGCGCUAUCAAUAUGGGCUGUUUCGCCAGGUCAUACUGGAUGGCUAUCAACAUGAGCAGCCUGAUUAUUGGUUGAAUUUUGGAAAUCCUUGGGAGAUAGAACGAGUUCAUGUAACUUAUCCUGUGAAGUUCUAUGGGACUGUGGAAGAUGAAAAUUUCAAUGGAGGAAAACGUAAAGUUUGGCUCCCUGGAGAAACGGUUGAAGCUGUAGCUUAUGACAAUCCAAUACCUGGUCAUGGAACAAGGAAUACUAUUACUCUUCGCCUCUGGGCUGCUAAACCAAGUGAUCAAAUUGAUAUGGAGUCUUAUAACACCGGAGACUAUAUUAAUGCUGUUGUCAAUAGACAGAGGGCUGAAACUAUAAGUAGUGUUCUAUUCCCUGAUGACCGUUCAUAUCAGGGGAAGGAACUACGGUUAAAACAACAAUAUUUCUUUGUCUCUGCAUCAUUGCAAGACAUCAUUCGGAGGUUCAAGGAUUCUCACAGUAACUUUGAUGACUUUCAUGAGAAGGUUGCUCUACAGCUGAAUGAUACUCACCCUUCUCUUGCAAUAGCUGAGGUUAUGAGAGUGCUUGUUGAUGAAGAGCACUUGGAUUGGAAUAGAGCAUGGGACAUUGUGUGCAAGAUUUUUUCUUUCACAACUCAUACAGUAUUACCUGAAGGACUGGAAAAGGUCCCUGUUGAUCUGCUGGAAAGUCUUCUACCACGCCAUUUACAAAUUAUAUACGAUAUAAAUUUUGAUUACAUUGAAGAGCUGAAGAAGAAAAUUGGUUUGGAUUAUGAUCGACUUUCUAGGAUGUCAAUCGUUGAAGAUGGUGCUAUUAAGAGUAUUCGAAUGGCAAACCUAGCAAUUGUUUGCUCUCAUACUGUGAAUGGAGUUUCUAGAGUGCAUUCAGAAUUGCUAAAAACAAGAGUAUUCAAGGACUUCUAUGAGCUGUGGCCUCAUAAAUUUGAUUACAAGACAAAUGGAGUAACACAGCGUCGCUGGAUUGUUGUGAGCAAUCCAAGUUUAAGUGCUCUUAUCUCAAAGUGGCUUGGAACAGAAGCUUGGAUCCGUGAUGUGGACUUAUUAGCUGGUUUGCAAGAACAAGCAGCCAAUGCAGAUCUACAUGAAGAAUGGAGGAUGGUUAGGAAGGUUAACAAAAUGAGACUUGCAGAGUACAUUGAAGCAAUGAGUGGGGUCAAGGUCAGUGUAAGUGCAAUGUUUGAUGUGCAGAUAAAGCGAAUACACGAGUAUAAAAGACAGUUACUCAAUAUACUUGGCAUCGUCCAUCGAUAUGACUGUAUAAAGAAUAUGGAGAAGAGUGACAGGACAAAGGUUGUCCCCCGUGUCUGCAUAAUUGGAGGGAAAGCUGCUCCUGGUUAUGAAAUUGCCAGGAAGAUCAUCAAACUCUGCAAUGCUGUAGCAGAAAAAAUUAACAACGAUCCUGAUGUUGGUGAUCUUUUGAAGUUGGUUUUUAUACCUGAUUACAAUGUCUCUGUUGCUGAGUUAGUAAUACCAGGGGCUGACCUUUCGCAGCACAUAAGCACUGCAGGGCAUGAGGCAUCAGGUACUGGCAGCAUGAAAUUUUUGAUGAAUGGAUGUUUACUUCUAGCCACAGAAGAUGGUUCUACAGUUGAAAUUAUUGAAGAAAUAGGGAAAGAUAACAUGUUUUUAUUUGGUGCAAAAAUGCAUGAAGUACCAGCUUUGCGCGAGAAAGGACCUGCCCUUAAAGUGCCUCUUCAAUUUGCUCGUGUUGUAAGGAUGGUUCGAGAUGGCUAUUUUGGCUUCCAAGACUAUUUUGAAUCCUUAUGUGACAAGGUGGAGGGUGGCAAUGACUUUUACCUUCUUGGUUACGACUUCCAGAGCUAUCUAGAGGCACAGGCUGCUGCUGAUAAAGCAUUUGUUGAUCAAGAGAAGUGGACUCGGAUGAGCAUCCUUAGCACUGCUGGGUCUGGAAGAUUUAGCAGUGAUAGAACAAUUGAAGAAUAUGCGGAGAAGACUUGGGGAAUCGAACCCUGCAGAUGUCCAUUCUAAUCAAAACUUUGAAGUUCUCUGUAGAAGGUACAUUUCCUGUGGUUAUCCCAAUGACCUGGCGGCAACAGUUCUCAUGCCUUGAUCUAAGCCAGUACUUUUACUGCCGGAGGACGAAACCACUUUGGCUUUCAAUUUAGAUACCUCAUCUUCCCACACAUUUCCGGCAACUAUACUGACUGCACAUAGAAAGAAAACUCUUAUGUUUGAUUCGAAGUGCAAUAAUAACCCAAUAAACCUCUACGAGGAGCUUGGCUUUCGGACAAAUUUUGUCGUGAAGUUGAGAGGAAUAUCGUAUGUUCAUGGAAAAUUAUGUUUCAGAUACGUACCACUAUAAAACUAUAUGUGAGAAACAUGUUUUGUACUGCAUCAAA